AUGCUGUUCUCCCUGCCUCUGCGGGUAGCCUGCAGUCUGCUUGCCUGGCUCUCUCUCUACACUUGGUUCUGCCAUCGCUACAAGCACCGGAAUUAUGAAUGGAGCUGCAGGCUGGUCACGCUGACCCAUGGCAUCCUUGCUACCUGUCUCUCUGCUUACAUUGGCUUUAUUGAUGGUCCCUGGCCUUUGAGUCACCCAGGAUCACCCAACACAACUCUUCAGGUACAUGUGCUGUGCCUUAGCUUGGGCUACUUCCUCUUCGACCUUUGUUGGUGUGUGUACUUCCAGACAGAGGGUGCCCUGAUGCUGGCCCACCAUCUGGUGAGCAUCUUAGGCAUCACAGCGUCAUUGGCACUUGGGGAGUCAGCUGCAGAGGUCAAUGCCGUCAUCUUUGGUAGUGAGAUCACUAACCCGCUGCUGCAGGCCCGCUGGUUCCUGAAGGAGAUGGGGUGUUACCACAGUUUCACAGGUGAUGUGGUGGAUUUCUUCUUUGUGGUCCUCUUCACUGGGGUGCGAAUUGGAGUGGGGGCCUGGCUGAUGUACUGUGAGCUUGCUUCUCCCAAACCCAGGUGGUACAUUAAGCUGGGGGGCGUCAUCAUGUAUGCUGUCUCCUGGGUUUUCAUGGUCAGCAUCUGUCGCUUCGCUAGGAGGAAGAGCAUGAAGAAAUACCACGCUUGGAGGAGUCGGAAGAGUGAUGAGUUAUACUUGAAAACUAAUGGACAUCUGAAAAACCACUGA